UUUUUUUUCCUCUAAUUUUCCCUCAAAACAAACACACUGACAAAAAGCUCUCUCUCUCUCUCUCUCUCUCUCUCUCUCUCUCUCUCUCUAUGAUUUUCUCUCUCAGGGUUUGGCACGAAUGGAAGAGAAGCCACAGCAGCAGCAAAGCAGUGGAGGGAGCAAUGUGAAGGUGAACAACGUGAUGAAUGGAGGAGGAGGAGGAGGAGUAAUGGAUACGAUGAAAGCGGAGAGAGCAGUGUGGCUCAUGAAAUGCCCUCCGCUCGUCUAUCGCUCCCUGCAACCUCCAACAACACAUGCCUCCUCUGCUUCUUCGUCCUUUGAUCCUUCUCGCCCUGUCGCCAAGGUCGUCGUCUCCAUCGACCCUCUCCGCUCCAACGACGAUUCUUCUCCUCCUCAGUUCACCAUGGAAUUGGCGGGCACUGAAUCUGGCAAUAUACCAAAGUGUUACUCUAUGGAUAUGUCGACAGACUUAAUUCCAAUGUCUGUAUUUUCUGAAUCACCACAAGGAAAGAUCUCUGUGGAGGGGAAAAUAAGGACCAAAUUUGACAUGAAGCCUCAUAAUGAGAACAUAGAGAACUAUGGGAAACUUUGCCGUGAACGAACUAAAAAAUAUAUGACUAGAAAUAGACAGAUUCAGGUGAUCGACAAUGACAAUGGGGCUCAUAUGAGGCCUAUGCCUGGGAUGAUGGGUUUUGUGGUUCCUGGACCCAGCGAUAAGAAGAAAACACCAACCAAGAGUUCAGACAUGAAAAGAACAAGGAGGGACCGUGGAGAAAUGGAAGAGAUCAUGUUUAAGCUCUUUGAGAGACAACCAAAUUGGACUUUGAGACACCUGAUCCAAGAGACAGACCAACCUGAACAAUUCCUGAAAGACAUACUUAAAGAACUUUGUGUCUACAACAACAAGGGAGCUAAUCAAGGAACAUAUGAGUUGAAGCCAGAAUACAGGAGAACAAACGAGGAAACAGCUUCCUAAAUAGGUCAUAAGCUAUUAAAGAUUAACCACUUCAGGUUGAAAACUCCAGCACUGUUAAUAUCAACUCUUGCUUUUCUUAGACUACUGACCUAAUGCCUUCUUCUCUAUCAGCAUUGAUAAUUUAUUCUUCAAUGCAAAAGAUCAGAAAGAGAUAAAGGCUUGUCCCCACAUAGCUGUGGCUCAAUUUGUAGAUUUAGGAUUUAAUUAAUUGUGCAUCAGAGUUGCCUUUUUUUGACCCUCUUUUGUAAAUAUAAAGCAUUGCGACAUCCUUUAAAGCUAUCUUAUUACAGUUUGGGAAUUUGUCUCUUGGGUCCUUGUGAGCGUAGUGUACAUAUUUAACAGUUCUCAGUUAUUUUUAAUAAUACAUUUAAAAUUAUUAUUAUUGUUAU